AUGUUGGAUCUCAAGGGUUACGGCAAAGCUUUGAGAAGCCUACAGACUGCGCUGUCCGACCCGGAGCAGCGAUUCUGCACGGCGACUCUAGCAGCGACAUCAAUCCUGCAUAGGGUCGAGGUCUUCUACGACUUAUCUCGAGGCACGAACAGCAUGACCCAUGUUCGGGGCAUUGUCAGCAUUAUGACUCAAAUGGGCCCCCCCACGCUUAACGACGAGCUUGACAUUCAGCUAGCACUCGAUAAUUACGGUGCAGUGAUGAACUACUGCAUGGUCAGCGAGCAAGACUGUUUUUACGGGACCGAGCCCUGGGCCGACGCCAUCAACACCGCGCUGGACGCCGGCGCGGUCGAGCUCGACUUCGCGGCGACCUGCUUCCGGCUGUGCGUCAAGCUGGCGAGCUGGCCAACGCUCAACAACCAGCUGCGGCGUCUAUACGCGGACCCUUUCAACCCAGAGGCCGAGAUGCUCGCGCACGAUAUCGUAGGGCGUACGGUGGCGCUGGCCGCAGAUCUGCAGAUCAUGGACGAGGCGCGGACCAAUGAGUGCUACGACCGCGGGGAGAUCGUCGAGUUUAUCGACCCGGACUCACCGUUCCUCGCCCGUUACGAAUUCUCGGACCUGCCGACCGCGUGGUGUUUCGCUUAUAUCAGCAUGUCCCGUAUCGUGAUCAAUAGGAUCAUGGAGCAUGCGAUGCGGUUCCUGGGUCUGCAUGACCCGACCAUGGACAUUCUCAACGAGGAGAUGAGUCGUCGGAUAUGGCUGACAUACCCCUACAUUAUCCGAUACAGAACAUUGGGCAGCACGGCUCUCGUGUUUCCUCUCAAAUGCGCUUAUGAGUCGGCGGGACCAGUUGAGCGUUGUGCUAUUAUGAACAUGUUGGCUGACUUGGAGGGCUACAAAGAUCAGAAGUUUCACAAGAGACAAACGGUGCAAUUGGAGAUGGAAGUCAAGAUUGUGCAAGUACGAUAG